AUGACUUCCAGCUUUCUACUCCUCGUUGGCUCAUUCUCGCCAAUGAUUUCUACUCUUAAUUUCACUCUUUCACCUCCAUCGCUCACCCUUGUCUCGCAAACUCCUGCGGGGACGUCGCCAACGUGGCUCUUGGGCAAUCCUACAAACUCGUCCAUCUUUUAUGCGACCGACGAGACCGAAACCGGUGGCCUGAACUCGCUCAUCAUCGACCAUGUCACGGGUAAAGUAACGCCUAUAGCUUCAAUCUCCACGCAAGGUGGUUCGCCUACGCAUAUCGGAAUGAUCGGAAACGGUAGCACUCAGCUCGGAGUUGCCAACUAUGGAGGAGGCUCGGUGUUCUUCACGACGCUAGAGGACGAUCAUUUGCAUUUCGCAAAUCCACAGCUGGUGAAGUUUGACUCGGUCCAGAAAUCCAAUGCCCAUCAGGUUGUCUCGAACGGAGCCCAAGUCCUCGUCUCAGAUCUCGGAGCAGAUAGGGUCUGGCGACUCAAUGGUGGAGCCUCUGGCCAAUGGAGUAUUCAAGGCGCCAUUUCACGGCCUAGCGGUAGCGGUCCACGGCAUAUUGUCGUAGAUGACUCAUCACUGUAUACCCUCCACGAGCGCGCAAACACCCUCACGCAGCAGACGGCUGUGACCCCCUCGUCAACGGGGCAACCGGCAGAGGUGGCCAGCAUCUCUAUCAUACCGUCAGACACACCUGCUUCAGCAACACUCUACGCAGGUGAACUGCUUCUCGCUCACACGCCUUCACCGGUCAUGUACGCGUCUAAUCGAGAGGACCCAAGUCCUGCCGGAGAUGCCAUUGCAGUCUUUGAGCUCAACCCCCUGACAAAGGUAGCCGAGAUCCGAACGGGUCUUCAGCACUUGAGGGGUGUGGCGCUAGUCGGGGAAGACAAUGCGUAUCUCAUCGCGGGUGGGAUGAAGGGUGGUGGGAUAAAGGUUUACGAAAGGGUAUCCGCGGCACAGGGGUAUCUCAAAGAGGUUGCUUCCUUACCUGCCGGCGUUGUAGAUCAACCUUCAUCGUUCAUCUGGGUGCCACCUCAAGACGUUGCAACUGGGGGUACGACUCAGGCAUCCACGGCCACCGCCUCCAUCCCUGGCGUUGUGCCCACAUCUUCUGUGAGCCGAGCACACCGCCGCUACAAGAUUGGAAGCUGGUAG